GUGAUAGGCAAUUCUAUUAGUAAUCAUCAAGAUAAUAAAUUAGAGCACGAACUGAAUCAUAGAGGCAUGUCCUUGCAGGACGAUGAUACUGCCAGUAUAAAGUCCUAUGGCAGUCACAAGAAUCGCCCCUUCAAGGACGAAAGCCACAAAGGCAGCGCCGAAACGAUGGAGGGCGAAGAAAAGCGUGACGUCAGCAAGGAGGACCUAGGAAUUGAUGAAGAGCUAGACGAUGAGUGCGAUGGCGAGGAAGGUCCACUGGAUGGCGAACUGAUCAUCCACGCCGACGAGGACGAAGUGAUAGAGGACUCACCAGCGGACUGUUGUCCGGACAAUUGCUACAAAAAGUUUCCGGUCCUGGCAGGGGACGACGAUGCGCCAUUCUGGCAGGGCUGGGCCAAUCUGCGACUGAAAACGUUUCAGCUCAUCGAGAACAAGUACUUUGAGACGGCCGUCAUCACGAUGAUUCUGCUGAGUAGUUUGGCCCUGGCUCUCGAGGAUGUGCAUCUUCCCCAUCGACCAAUCCUGCAGGACGUCCUGUACUACAUGGACAGGAUAUUCACGGUGAUAUUUUUUCUAGAGAUGUUAAUCAAGUGGUUGGCGCUGGGUUUUCGAGUUUACUUUACGAACGCCUGGUGCUGGCUCGAUUUCAUAAUUGUCAUGCUGUCGCUCAUUAACCUGACCGCAAUCUGGGUCGGCGCCGCGGACAUUCCGGCGUUCCGCUCGAUGCGUACCCUGAGGGCGCUGCGCCCACUGCGAGCCGUUUCUCGCUGGGAGGGUAUGAGAGUUGUCGUCAAUGCAUUGGUACAGGCUAUACCGUCCAUCUUCAACGUGUUAUUGGUGUGUUUGAUCUUUUGGUUGAUUUUCGCUAUUAUGGGUGUGCAGCUGUUUGCUGGCAAGUAUUUUAAGUGCGUCGACAAGAACAAGACGACGCUGUCGCACGAGAUCAUUCCGGAUGUGAACGCGUGCGUCGCGGAGAACUACACGUGGGAGAACUCGCCGAUGAACUUCGACCACGUGGGGAAGGCGUACCUGUGUCUGUUCCAGGUGGCAACGUUCAAGGGCUGGAUCCAGAUCAUGAACGACGCCAUCGACUCGCGGGAGGUGGGAAAGCAGCCGAUUCGCGAGACCAACAUCUACAUGUACCUCUACUUUGUGUUCUUCAUCAUCUUCGGGUCGUUCUUCACGCUGAAUCUGUUCAUCGGUGUCAUCAUCGACAACUUCAACGAGCAGAAGAAGAAAGCCGGUGGCUCACUGGAAAUGUUCAUGACGGAGGAUCAGAAAAAGUACUACAACGCCAUGAAAAAGAUGGGCUCGAAGAAGCCGCUGAAAGCUAUUCCACGGCCUAGGUGGCGACCACAAGCAAUAGUAUUCGAAAUAGUUACCAAUAAGAAGUUCGACAUGAUCAUCAUGUUGUUCAUCGGGUUCAACAUGUUGACGAUGACGCUCGAUCACUACAAGCAGACGGACACGUUUAGCGCGGUGCUAGACUAUCUGAACAUGAUCUUCAUCUGCAUCUUCAGUAGCGAGUGUCUGAUGAAGAUUUUCGCGCUGCGGUAUCACUACUUUAUCGAGCCGUGGAACCUGUUCGAUUUCGUCGUCGUCAUCCUGUCCAUUUUAGGUCUCGUUCUUAGCGAUCUCAUC